UCUACUCUAUGGUAAUUAAAAGACAACAAUGGUGGAUUUGAAAGUCCGCCAUAACUAAAUCUUAUUUCUAAAAUAGUGACGUUCGUAUUAUUUUCUAAUUUGUGUUAGAUAUCUCUGUUGUGUAGUUAUUCUUGUUUAAUUUAAUUAUUUUUAGUUUACCCAAUUCACGAGCCGUGCAGGCCGUGGACACCAUGGAGUCUCCAAGAAAAUUUAACGACUGCUAUUUUUACUACUAUUCCACGUGCACGAAGGGUGAGAACUGCGUGUUCCGUCAUGAGCCGUCGGCGCUGGGCUGCGAGACGAUGUGCGCGGCGUGGCAGCAGGGCAAGUGCAUGGACAAGAAGUGCCGUCUCCGCCACAUGGAGCUGAGGAAAAACCGCAAGCAGAUCCCGUGCUACUGGGAGUCGCAGCCGACCGGAUGCCGCAAGAAGCACUGCCCCUUCAUGCACAAGAACCCGGAGGCACGCACCGACGGCAUCCUGCCCAGCCAGCCCGGCAUGGCUAUGCCACCGCCGGCGAUGGUGGAGGGCGUGGAGGCCAUGCCGCCCGUCGUGCCGGGUGUGGCGCCAGUGCCGCUGCUGUGGCAGCAACAGAGACAAGUGGUCCUAGAUUCGGCCAUCCUCGGGGUGUUGCCGGCCUCCUCCGAGUUGAUGGGGGCGCGCCGCGUGUUGCCGCCCCACGAGGCCGCCCCCAACCCGUACGCGCCCCUGCCCGUCGACCCCCUCGUGGUCAACUUCGACGAUGAGUCGGAUAACGAAAGCGCGCCCUCGUGCACCCCGACCAAGCCGGGGGGCGGCAACAGUGGCGCCCCCCGCGACGGUGGCGCCCCGAGCACCGCACCCAGCGCCGCCUCGCAGGAACUAAUGCUGCUCCAGCAGAUCCAGGCCGAGGCCGCCGCCUACUACAGCUACGACGCUGAACCACCCAAGGAGGUGAAAGAGAGAAAGAUAGUCAGAACCAACCUCUCUACCAAAUACGAUCGAGUGUCGCUCGACGAACUAACUGGGAAAAAGAACCCCGAGAAAACGUCACUCGACUUCAAAGUAAUGUCUCUAGACGAAAUCAGAGCAAAGAAGAGAAGCAGUAACGAAAGCCUCAUACCCACCAAACCUAUCACCCUAAACCUUAACAGGAAAAGAAAGAUAUCCACACAGGAAACUAUCAUAGAUUCCGGCAACAAAAUUAUUAAAGUAGUUCGUAGCAAUUCAAUAGUUUAUAAGAAAGUAGAUGAAAACGCACAGAACGCUCCGAGCAAGUCUAAAGUAGAUGCGAAGUCAGAUGACGGAGAGAGUGCAAGAAAGAGAACGUGCUCAGAACAGAGCGACGUGCUAGAGGUAGUGGACAUAGAGCUAGACGAUGACUGCUUUAAAUUCAAACGCAUCAAACUCAUGGAGAACACAUCCAAACCUAAACUUAUUAGACAUACAAGCUUAAGUAGUGACAAUAAGGUAGAUAGCGAUUUAAAAGAUGGUCUAUUAGAUAUUUACGGCAAGGCUGACGACUCAGACACAGAAGUACAAAUUGUAGGUGAAGAGAUUACAUUUGGUAAUCCUAGACUAGUAGACACCGAAGUUAUAGACUUGGAUGAUUCGGCUAAAAUGGCUGAACCCAUAGAUAUAGUAGACCUGAGUGAUGAUGAACCAGAGAUUAACGAUAUAGAUAUAAAUGAUAUAGAUUUAGAACUAAUAAAAAACGUGCCUGAUGUAGUAGCUAGCUGUCAUACAAAAAAUGUGCCUACAGUAAACACAAGCAAAGAAGUCAUCGAAAACAUAGAUGAUAUUUUAGAUGAAAGUUUAUGAGUUAUAGCAAUAGGUUUGGAUAUGUUUAUAAAUAGCAAUAAAUUAGAACUAAUGUCGAGCAAAGCAAUGUACUUAUAUUCCUUUUUUAUAGACAAUUUGAACUGGAUAUAAUGUACAAAAAAGUUUUUUUUCCAAGGAGACGUAAGCAAGUUUUUUACCUAAGCUUUAGAAGUUUGAGGAUUGUUAUGUAUUAAGUUUUAAACUUGCUUUCAAGUGAUUGUUUGUACUUUUAAUAAUAUGGACCUUUUAAGUUAUUUAAAACCAUGAUAGGUUUCCAAGUUUUACUUGUUGAUUGAGAUUUAACAGUUAUAUUUGAUGCAUGGGGAAAUAUUAUUUUUCCCAACUAUUUUGUAUGUACUUUAGUAGUACCUAAAACCUAACAGCCUAUUUUAGUGAUAGUCAUUAUAAUUAAUAGUGCAUGAAAAAACCCAAGAUUACAUGAUGAUAAUUAUGA